AUGGCCGCCGCGGAUGUCCGUGACAUGCUGGAUUUGCCCGCCGAUGGGCAACCUCGACCUCAUAAAAAGCAAAAGGUAGUCGAAAAGAGGCCAGAGGGUGUCACACGAGAACUGUACGCGUUACUCGGCGAAAGAGCGCCUCCGAUCGCGAUCACCGAGAACAAAUACAAAGGCCGGCCAAAAUGGAUGAGCAAAAUGAGAGUCCGUCCAUGGCGAAUGACGCCGUUUACGAAUCCUGCGCGGACAGAUGGCCUCGUCCUUCGCCAUUGGCAACGACAGCAGGACACUGCUAAACCUCCGCCACCCGAUGAUACAGCUAUGGAUGUCGAUCAAAAGCCAGAAGGGGAAGCGCCAAAGGUCGCCGAGCAAGAGUACCCUUUUGCCAAAUAUAAUAUCAAGCCGCAGCUGCCGCGAAGAUACACCGACGAGGAAUACAACCGGCAUCUAAAAAGCGAUGAUUGGACGCGGGAGGAAACGGACUAUCUCAUGGAUCUGGUCGAAGAAUAUGACCUGAGAUGGGUUGUGAUAGCCGAUCGUUAUGAUUAUCAACCGCGAGCAUCCGAGAAUAGUGAGGCGGACGCCACGGCGCUUGUACCGGCAAAGCGAUACAGAACGAUGGAGCAAAUGAAGGCCCGUUACUAUAAGGUGGCGGCGACAAUGCUUGCUUUGGAACAUCCUCCGUCAGAAAUGUCUGAAGCUGAAUUCGAACUGCAUGAGAAGAUGAUGAAGUACGACCCAGAACGAGAGAGGGUUCGUAAAGAGCUGGCUGCCUUGCAGCUCAAUCGUACCGCAGACGAAGUGCGCGAGGAAGGUGUCCUUCUUGAGGAGCUCAAGCGCAUUGUCGCCAACGAGCAGAAUUUUAUUACUGAACGCAAAGAGCUCUAUGCAAGACUCGAAGUACCCAUCAGUGUGGGCAACACGACCAUGUAUCAGUCUAGCCAGGGCCUGUCACAGCUUCUUCAGACCCUCCUUCAAGCAGAUAAAAGCAAGAAGCGGCGCUCGAUACUUGGCGCUGAGAAUGCAGCCGCCAGUCCAGCAGGACAGACUCCUACUCAGAAUGCACCGAGCGGCGCUCGUGACAGCCGAGCCGAGACGCCUUCGGGUCCUGCUCCUUCGGCAUCUACCAAGAAGGCAGCUGCUGCCGCCGCAGCUGCUAGCACUGCCGCCCAGCAAGCCGUCAAGACGUUGACGCCAGCUGAAGAAGCCAAAUACGGUGUCCAGCACCAUGACCGUCUCACGCCAGGCGUUCAGUUCCGGAAUGACAGAGCGCAGAAACUGACGCAAGCCAAAUCGAACAUUCAGACACAGAAGCUGGCAGCCGCUCUGACAGAGCUCGAAGUUCCUCUGCGCUUAGUCAUGCCGACGGAGCGUGUGUGCAAGGAGUUUGAGAAACUGAUACACUCUGUGAAUCUGCUGCUGGAUGCGAGAAAGGUUGCCGAAAAGGUGGAAAGCGAGAUUCGAGUACUCGAAGCCGCCAGGGAGGAGAGACUGCGCAGAGAAAGAGAAGCAGCACAGGCGGCCAAGGAGAAAGAUGGGACGCAAAUAAAGGUGGAAUCAGAAGAGCAGCCUUCUGCUCCGACCGGCGGAUCCCAAGAGGAUCACUCUAAACCUUCGGACAAUGCUUCUACCACAAACCCUGUAUCCGAUGAGAAACAACCCGAUGACAAUGCUGCUGCUGGCGAUUCCGCUGAAGACGCUCCGGGGGAAGAGGUCGAUCCUGAACCGGAGGAUGAUACGGGCGCUGAAGCGGCUGCUCCCUCAACCACUGAGGACAAGGAUAAGGACAAAGACUCCUCCUCAUCAUCAUCACACAAGCGUUCAGCAAGCGUCCUUAGCACCGUCAGCGACAAGAGCGCCAAGAGACAGCGGAAAUAG